AUGAAAGCCGUGCGAGUCACGAAAGAAGGCUCUUCCACUACAUUACGCAUCGACGAUAUCCCCAAACCAUCUGCUGGCCCUGGCGAGCUCCUCGUCGAAAUCAAAGCCUCGUUUGUCCAACCAGCAGACAUCCUCAACUCCAAAGGCAACUUCGCAAGCACCACCUACCCCCGCACGCUAGGCAAAGACUUCUCCGGCAUCGUAGUCUCCGGCCCAUCCGAAUGGCUCAACAAAGCAGUCUACGGCACCUCAGGCGCAACCUUCAGCUUCACCGAAGACGGCGCGCAAGCCGAGUUCGCCGUGCUGAAGCAAGGCGCCGUGGCGCUCAUGCCGCGGAACCUGUCCUUCGCUCAGGCUGCUGCGCUCGGAACGCCGUGGACUACGGGCAUGACCACGUUGCUUCGAGCGCGGGCGAAACCUACUGAUGUUGUAAUGGUGCUUGGUGCUAAUGGGUCGGUGGGCUCGAGCGUGAUACAGAUUGCGAGGCGGAUGGGGUGCAGGACUAUUGGCGUGGGCAGGAGAGGGGCUGAUAUCGAUUCGUCGAGAGAUCCGCUCCUCUCCAAGGCCAAGGAGUUGUCUGAUGGCCUGGGACCGAAUGUGGUUGUUGAUACGGUGGGCAAUCUCGAGCUGACCAACGCAGCGGUGAACGUUAUGGCUUCCAAGGGCCGCAUGUCUAUCAUUUCCGCUCCGAGGCAAGGGAAUCGAGAGCUGCCGCUGGAUUUACUGGAUUUUUAUCGACGGCAGAUCGAGCUGGUGGGGUGCAAUACGGCUGCCGAGUCACAGGAGGAAAUGGCUCGACUGCUGAACGACUUGACGCCGGACUUUGAGUCGGGGAGGUUGGUACCGGCGGAGGAGAACACGAUGAAUUUGAUUGAUAUUGAGCAGGCGGCUGACGCUUACUCGGGCAAGAUCAAGAGAGCGGUGAUUGUAUUCCGUUGA